CUUCUUCUCCUCCUCAAGCCUCUCUUCCUCAGUUGUAACCGUGGGGUUUCGUAGAGAGCCGUAGUACAGUAAGCGACGGUAACUAGGUACGAGCUCCGGGACAUUUCUCCCGGUCUCCAGAGCCUGGAUGUCAACCAGCGGCUCCUCUUCUCUGCGGAAAGACUUUGAUGUGAAGCAGAUCCUCCGGAGUCGAUGGAGGUGGUUCGGUCACCCGGCUGUUCCCCCGCCCCACAACCCCCCGCUAGGAGACUUCUUUACCGGGAGAGGAACAGGAGCCAGCCCCGGAGAGUACCAGAGCCCCUCUGUUAGUGUCUGUUCUACCAGUAACGGAACCGGUACAGGAAAUAACUGCAUAGUAGCAGUUGGAACUAGCGGUAACGGUAGUUGUAGUGGUGAUAGUUCAUGCAACGCCAAUAACUGCAAGUUUACGGAUAAUUCUGUUGGGAGUCCCACUGAUAACCUCCCGGUAACAGCGUUUGCAGCCGCGGCAGCUGGACAUUCCUCUUGUCCGCGGUCCUUCAGCCAACCGGAGUGGGUCACCCGGUUGUCUGUCUCUCACUCUCGGCCGGUAACAGACGUAGAGCGCCCCGCGGAUGGCUCGUCGCUCCUCCAACCGGCGGUACCGGAGGCGUUUGUUCCCGUGGCUGAAGAGGAGACGGGACUGACCGGAACCGAGAGUAAUAAUAACCGCGACGACACUGCCUCCAGCUCCUGCAGGACUUCCAACAGCAGCGCAACGCUGUCCUCAUGUGUGUCGAUGGAACCGUGUGUGUCCCCCGACGAGUGUGUGUACACGGCUCACGCACACGCAGACCUGACCUUCAGCAGGAUGGAGACCUACCUCCGAACCAAGCAGCUGUGUGACGUCACUCUGGUGGCAGGGGACAGGAGGAUACCUGCUCACAGACUGGUCCUGUCGUCGGUGUCUGACUACUUUGCGGCCAUGUUCACCAGUGAUGUCCGAGAGGCCAAACAGGAAGAGGUUAAGAUGGAGGGGGUGGACCCUGAUGCAUUGUGGGUGCUGGUACAAUACGCUUACACAGGUCGUGUGGAGUUGAGAGAGGACACUAUAGAGUGUAUAUUGUCAGUAGCAUGUCUCCUCCAGCUCCAGUCAGUGGUCCAGGCCUGCUGUAACUUCCUCAUCAAACAGCUCCACCCGUCUAACUGUCUGGGGAUACGCAGCUACGCAGACACACAGAGCUGUACAGACCUCCACCACACUGCCCACAGCUACACCAUGGAGAAGUUUGUGGAUGUGGUUAAAGGACAGGAGUUUCUCCUCCUCCCGCUAGAAGAGAUGGACAGAUUGUUGUCCUCCGACGAUAUGAAUGUUCCAGACGAGGAAACCAUGGUUACAGCAUUGCUAAGCUGGGUCCGCCAUGACGUUUCCACCCGGCAACUACACCUGCCCUCGCUCCUCGCUCACAUACGACUGCCUUUACUGCAAGCACAGUUUCUAGCAGACCUGGAGUGUAACCCUCUGCUCCGAGACAGUGUGGAGAGUCAGAGGCUUUUAAUGGAAGGUAUGAAGUACCAUCUCCUACCUCAUCGGCGCCCCCUGCUGCAGAGCCCCAGAACCAGACCUCGUAAAUCUACUGUAGGAGCCAUGUUCGCUGUUGGGGGAAUGGACGCUAGCAAAGGAGCCACCAGUAUAGAGCAGUACUGCCUGCGUCGGGAUGCGUGGAGCCAGGUGGCGGUGUUGAGCGGGCGCAGACUCCAGUUCGGGGUGUGUGUGCUGGAUCGACGUCUCUACGUGGUCGGGGGUCGGGAUGGACUGAAGACCCUCAACACCGUGGAGUGUUACGACCCGGACGGUGGCAGCUGGAGCGUCAUGACGCCCAUGUCCACACACAGACACGGGCUGGGUGUGACAGUACUUGAGGGUCCAAUGUAUGCAGUAGGAGGGCAUGAUGGGUGGAGCUACCUCAGCACUGUAGAGAGGUGGGAUCCUCAGGCUCGUCAGUGGAGCUUCAUCGCCAGCAUGGCAACACCUCGAUCUACUGUAGGAGUAGCUGUACUCAGCGGAAAGUUGUAUGCAGUAGGGGGUCGUGAUGGAAGCUCCUGUCUGCGCUCCGUUGAGUGUUUUGAUCCCCACACCAACAGGUGGAGCUGCUGCGCUCCGAUGGCGAAGCGUCGCGGCGGGGUGGGCGUGGCUACCUGGAACGGUUUCCUGUACGCUAUUGGAGGACAUGACGCUCCCGCCUCCAGCCUGGCAUCACGACUCAGCGACUGUGUGGAGAGGUACGACCCCCAGACUGAUGCGUGGACGGCGGUAGCCCCCAUGAGCGUCAGUCGUGACGCUGUCGGUGUGUGUCUCCUUGGAGACUGUCUCUAUGCGGUCGGUGGUUACGAUGGAACGGUGUACCUGAACACUGUCGAGGCCUACGAUCCCCAGACCAACGAGUGGACACAGGUGGCUCCACUGUGUCUGGGCCGGGCUGGGGCCUGUGUGGUGGCUGUCAAACUGUGAACACACACACACCUGAACAC